UCAGGAGGUCAGUUUAGUCCGAAUCAGUACAUCGUCGGUGAAAGAACGCAGAACAGAACAGAACAGUCAGUGUGACAGUAGUGUGCGCGAUUGAAGGACGCAGACUGUCAUCCGUUGUUGCGUUGGUCGUUGCUUCUGUGUAGAGAAAGAUUCGCUGAUAACGGAGCACAAGGUCAACCACCAACAACAGCCCCAAUAUGGCCGAUGAAAAGCAAAAGCGAGUAUCGUACUGGUACUUUGGUGGUUUGGCCAGUGCCGGAGCGGCCUGUUGUACCCAUCCGUUGGAUCUGCUCAAGGUGCAACUGCAAACCCAACAGGAGGGUAAGAUCUCGCUGCUCCAGCUGACGGGCAAGGUCGUCCGAACGCAGGGCGUCCUGGCGCUCUACAAUGGGCUGUCGGCAUCCCUGCUGCGACAGCUCACCUACUCGACCACCCGGUUCGGUAUCUACGAGGUCGGCAAACAGGCCAUGGGCAGUGAUUCCGGAUUCUUGGGUAAGGCCGUGUUGGCAGGUGCAGCUGGUGCUGCCGGAGGUUUCGUGGGAACCCCUGCCGAUAUGGUCAACGUGCGCAUGCAGAACGACAUCAAACUUCCAUUGGACCAGAGAAGAAAUUACAAAAAUGCAGUCGAUGGUCUCUUCCGUGUGUACCGGGAAGAAGGUUUCACUCGUCUGUUCUCAGGUGCCUCAACCGCUACCUCACGUGCUGUGUUCAUGACAAUUGGACAGUUAUCUUUCUACGAUCUGGUCAAGGACCUCCUGCUGCAGUCCGGUUACUUCGGCGACAACCUGACGACGCACUUCCUGUCCUCGCUGACGGCCGGUGCCAUCGCCACCACUAUGACCCAACCGCUGGACGUGUUGAAGACCCGGGCGAUGAACGCCAAACCGGGCGAGUUCGCCAACCUGUGGGAGCUGAUCCGCUACACGGCCCGCCUCGGACCGCUCGGCUUCUUCAAGGGUUACGUGCCGGCCUUCGUCCGGUUGGGACCGCACACCAUCCUGACGUUCGUGUUCCUAGAGCAGCUGCGCAUGAACUUUGGCUACCUGAAGCCGGAGAAGAAGUGAGGCGGUGAAAAAAUUCAAGAAAUUGUUGAUAUUAGCUGUGUAGGAUCGAAAAUUGGAGAUGUUGUUGCAAUAGUUGCUCGCGCCGGGGGAAAUCGUUGCUUGGGGUUUUUGGUUACGGGUGCAGAUUUAGAAAGGUUCCAAAGUUUUUAUUUUUUGUUUUGCGCAAAGUCCGGACAGUAGAAGACCUCGAACUUCUACACAAGCAUUUCACUGUUGGCUUUUAUCUCACUGUUUUAGCUUGUUACAUACUCUUUUUGUGAUGAAUUUGCUCGUUUCAAUCAACAAUGCUUUCACAAUCAAUGAACAAACACAUUCCAUGUGACAUUUAACUGUUUAGUAGAGACGUUUAUUUUAAAUUUCUGUUAAAAACAGAAAAGAAGCUCUAUAGGUAAAUCAGCGCUGUUCAAUCGUUCAACGUGUUGAAGGUAUAUUUUAUAAUAUUAGACAUCUGCCCAAUUGUGAGAUCCCAAUCGAACAAGAAACAAAAUCAGGAAACCGUUCCGAGUUGGUAAAUGUAGGCAAUAAAUAAAGUAAUUUAUGAUACAAGAUGUAAACUACAAA